ACGGGAUGACGCAAGGAUUGGAAUCGGCGAGUCUGGCCGCGCGCGUUGACGCGCGACCUCCAUCCCGAAGCUGGGGAAUGCACCGUCACAACAACCACGUCAACAUGCUCAUCAGCCUGAGUCGCCGCGGCUUCGGUGUUAUAUCACGAUGUCUGGUCACUGUGCAUCAUCAGAAGAUGGCUGCAUUCUCCGUCAAGUCGCUCGACCACGUAGUCAUCACGGCUAAAGACAUUCCGACGACUAUCGAAUUCUACACGAAGCGAUUGGGUAUGAAACACGAAGUCUUCGAAGCGAGUGGAGGCGAGCGCCAUGCUUUGAGCUUUGGAAAUCAGAAGUUGAACCUUCAUCAGUCUGGGAAAGAGUUUGAGCCGAAAGCACAACAUGUCCAGCCAGGAUCUGAAGACUUGUGUUUCGUUACAGACUAUCCAAUUGAUGAGGUCCUGAAAAAUUGGCAAUUAAAUGGCAUUGAGGUCUUGGAAAGUGGCAAGGUUGUGGAGCGAACUGGGGCUGUGGGGAAACUACGAAGUGUGUAUUGCCGUGAUCCUGACGGUAACUUAAUUGAGGUAUCGAACUACGUCUAGUACAUUACGAUGACGUUGCAGACUCGCGGGGGUUCUGUUGCCUCUUAGCGCAACAGGGAGGCCUUCAUAAUGCUCAGAUGCUCCUGUGAAUACUGACCAAUCAAUUCGCGAUUUUUGCUGCG